CAGUAAGUCCGUACAGAGAGAAACCACUGGCGAGACUUUUUUUUUUUUAGACAGCAGCACAGCGCAGGUCGGGACCGUCGGUGAAAAGGGGAGCCGGUAAUGUGGAGUCGACAGCCGGAGGACAGCAGCAACUGAGCCCGAGGACUGUGAAAGGGAAACAACCGAGCUUAGGGAGUUGUCUUUUUUAACUCAACGGUUCCGCCGGCUAACCCCCCGCUUAGCUACUCGGCUAACACCCACCGCUCCUCGCGUCCUUUCUCGCCGGGAGAAACCUUACCUGGCCCGGCUGUCAGUUUCUCCCUCUCCUCUUAUAGACUUCAAACAAUGUGCGGCUCAAUCCUGAACGACUUUUCACGCCCGGGGUGGGGUUUAACACACACUUUGCCACGCCGCCAGUGAUAGCUAAACGGUCCGAGCUAACAAGUUGACGUGGAGGAGGAGGACGAUUGUUGUUCUUCAAGCUGUGAUUUCAGACGGAUUACUUCUUUUUUGUUGUUUGAUUGUUUGUUCGUUUGUUUUGGUUUGUUUGCCUACUCCCGUCCGAGGUGGUCUCUCUUUGGUGACCCCCCUCCUUCUUCCUCAAGUGAACAAAUCGUCCAGGUUACAUACAAACCAGCCAGUUAGCUAUGUUCAUUUGUGGCCAGAAAGUAAUUCCCAGUGUUUACAAAUUCCACAGUGGGACUCUUUCCUGGUUCGAGUACUGCAACGGGAACAUUAGCUAACACAGACUAGCUCAGAUUAGUGUCGUCGUGGUCUGUGUACUACUAGAUAGAUAGGUAGGUAGGUAGUCGGAUCAAAGUGUUGCCAAACAAUUUAACUGCAAAAGAAGAACCACAAAUCAGCUGUUGAUUGUGGUUUUCAUUGCAAAGCCAGAUAUUCCUGUCUUUUUUUGUUGUUGUUGCCACCAGUGAUUUGACUUUACUGCAGACGAGACUGCACAGGUUUCGUAGGUACCUCUGUGUGUGUGUGUGUGUGUGUGUGUGUGUGUGAGAGAGAGAGAGAGAAAACUUAACAGUGGGUGUCUGAUCGCAACCCUUUACCUCCUCUUGACAGUGAAGUCACGUUGAGUUGUUUCCCGCAGGGAGUUGAUCCAUUGAUCGGAUCGUUAUUGUGCUAUUUUAGCUGAUUGCGGGGGAAACGCAGACACACACACGCGCACACAGACAGACAGAGAGAGAGAGAGAGAGAGAGAGAGAGAGAAACAGAAGCGAUGUCGGGCCAAUCUAUCACGGAUCGGAUCGCAGCAGCGCAACACAGCAUGACCGGGUCGGCCAUCAGCAAGGCUGUGUGCAAAGCCACCACACAUGAAGUCAGCGGACCCAAGAAGAAACACCUUGACUAUCUGAUCCACUGCACCAAUGAGAUGAACGUGAACAUUCCCCAGCUGGCGGAUACGCUGUUUGAGCGCACGGCUAACUCCAGCUGGGUGGUGGUCUUCAAAGCCCUUAUCACCACCCACCACCUCAUGAUGUAUGGCAACGAGCGUUUCACCCAGUACCUGGCCUCCAGAAACACCCUGUUUAACCUGAACAACUUCCUGGACAAGGGAGCUCUGCAAGGUUACGACAUGUCAACCUUCAUCAGGCGAUACAGCCGUUACCUGAAUGAGAAGGCCAUGUCCUACAGACUGGUGGCUGUGGAUUUCACCAAGAUGAAGAGGGGGAUUGACGGUGUGAUGCGUACCAUGAACACAGAGAAGCUGAUCAAGACGCUGCCCAUCAUUCAGAACCAGCUGGAUGCACUGCUGGAUUUCCAGGCCAACCCUAAUGAGCUGACCAACGGAGUGAUCAACUCAGCCUUCAUGUUGCUCUUCAAAGACUCCAUCAGGCUCUUUGCUGCCUACAACGAAGGGGUCAUCAACCUAUUGGAGAAAUACUUUGACAUGAAGAAGAACCAGUGCAAAGAUGCUCUGGACAUCUACAAGAAAUUUCUUUACAGGAUGACGAAGCUGUCAGAGUUCCUCAAAGUGGCUGAGCAAGUUGGAAUAGAUCAGGGUGACAUCCCAGAUCUCUCACAGGCCCCCAGCAGCCUCCUGGAGGCUUUGGAGCAGCACCUGGCCUCUCUGGAGGGCAAGAAGACGAAGGAGUUGAAUGCAGACACCAGAGCGUCCACCCUGUCCAGCGCCGUCUCAUCCCUCUCCUCCACUGGCAUGUCCUUCAGCCGCAUGGAUGAGAAGGAGAAACAGCAGGCCUUGGAGGAGGAACAGGCCAGACUGCAGGCGCUUAAGGACCAGCGCCUGAAGGAGAUCAACAUGCAUACCCCGCCCUCUGCCUCCCCAAGCAGCCAGUCGAUGGGCAGCGCCAACAACAACCACAUCUCACAAACCCCGGAGUUGUUCGGCACCACGCUGUCUGCCAACAGUGUGCCCAAUCUGAACAGUGACCUGUUUGAUCUUCAGCCGGCCUUCAUCCCCGCUGUGCAGAGCACUCCUUCAAUCUCCACCGCCAACAGUGCCUGGGGAGGAAUGGAGAGCCAGCCUCUGCAGCAGACUGCCCCAGCCAUGACUGUAGAUUUCGAUGCUGUGUUUGGGAAUAAGGCCGCGCCCAGUAACAACGGCCCACAACCUGCAGCCGGUUUUGAUGCUCUAGGAGACCUGUUGAAGCCUACAAUUCCCACACACACUGCACCUCAUCCUCCUCCUCCUCAAAUGGUCAUCCAUCCUGGAGGAAAGCUGCUAGCCAACGACCUUGACUCCUCUCUGGCCAACCUCGUGGGCAAUCUGCAGUUUGGUGGGACCCCAGCCAAGAAGCCAGAUAUGCAUUGGAGCCAGCCCGGAGAGAAGAAGCUGACCGGGGGCCAGAACUGGCAGAAUAAGACCAUGUCGACCACACAGUGGAGCCCCGCGCCCAUGGCCCCGCAGCCCAUGCCUGUGCAACACGUGGCUCCAGCUCCCAUGGCUUUUCCCAUGACCACACCGCAAGUGCCUGUGUAUGGAAUGGUCCCUCCCCAGAUGGGUCAGAUGGGCGGGGUACCAGUGAUGGCUCCUCAGCCUAUGAUGUACAACCAGCCUGUUCUCAGACCCACCAACCCCUUCGUACCCAUGCCCGGAGCCCAGAUGCAGUUUAUGUAAUCCAGUCAGGGGGGAAGCAGAGUGCCAAAAGCGACAAACAAACAAACAGCAGAAGAAAACACACAAGAGGAACGAUCAGAUGGACGUGGGAGUAAUUUGAUCAAGCUAAAGCGACAAAGAGACAGACAGACAGACGACAAGAUAUCCAACCAACACCAAAAAAGUUGGAAAGAGGAGGAGAAGAUCACCGAGCAGAGGAUGGAGGGGUGUGGUGGGGAAGAUGUCAUCCUGGCUGGUUGUUGUCUGAAACAACUUCUUGUGUGUGUGUGUGUGUGUGUGUGUGUGUGUGUGUAGCUUCUUUCUGUCAUACUGUUUAAUUUGUGUGUUAAAUGCUAUCGAUGGAAUGAUGUUUCAGGAAAGGGAAUGCGGAUGAGAGACAAAGAUGGCGGAGAGGAGAGAAGAGGGGAUUGAGGAAAUCCUACCUCUGGUUUUCAGUCAGACCGACCCGUCUGACUGCUUGUGAGAGUCUCUGCUGCAGAAUUAGCUUUAUUUCAUACUGGUGCUAUUUGUGUCCUCUCUGGGUUACCAGACGCCUGCAACGGCAACAUGGAAGCUUUUGGGAGGGGACAAGUGUUGGUUUAGUGUGCGUGUGUGUGAGUGUCAGUGAAUCUCUGUAAAAAAAAGUUGUUUCAGACAAUACCUUUACAACCGACCUCCUCUCCAUCCCCUCCUUUCACUGUCUGCGUCCACGACUGUCCAACCAGCGAGGGAUUUAGAGGCAAAUCUUCAAAAUAUUGUUUCCCGUGAUUUUCCGCUCUGUUGGGAUCAGUCUGUAUUUUUCAAUCUGUUUUCUUCUGCAGCCGCUUCUGAAUGUUACCAGGGCUUGUACAGCAAAUUUUUUUGAACCAUUUGUUAAUAGUAGUUGAGCAUUUGUUGUUAUGGGUUUUAAGCUAAAGUCUUUGUUACUCAUACUGCAUUGUUUUCCUCUCCUAAAGCUACAGAUACACACAGAGAGACAGGGCUUAGCGGUGACAACAUGCUAGCACAGUACAUAGUCGUCCAAAUUGUCUGUGAACUAAAAUGUUCAAUAUUUUUCUUAGGGCCUGGUCACAUCAGAAAGUGGUACGGUGAAAUUCAUCUGUGCUUUUUCGAGGAAGCAUGUUGAAUUGGUAAACUACUGCAGCUGCUGAGCUAACCGCUAACACUGUAGCCAGCCAGGAAAUAGCUAAUGCUUGUCCGUCACAGUUGCUGUCUGAGCUUCUCUCUAUUUUCUAUUUUCUCUGUAACGUGUUGUUCCCCUGGCAUUGUAUUCUCGGGAUCAUUUAAUUCAAUAAAUUAAAUUAAUGAAAUAAAUAAAAGAGAGGGAAAAAUGGUGUCUGAGCUAGCUAGUGUUUAAACUGUCAGUUAGCAAGUUUGUUACUGUCAUGUUUAUUCAAAAGACAUAUUUUGGUCUACAACGAUUCCUCAAAAUAUUUUAUUUAUACUUAAACAGAGAAGGUUGAAUAAAACUCCUUCCGCGUUUUUGGACUCUAUUUCGCCAAAGGUCUACACAGUAAAAGACUGCUUGCUUUUGGUUAACAGCACCAAGUUGUCUGUCAAAGUUUACAAAAGUUGAAUUUGACGUGAAAAAUGUGCACAGAUUUGCUUCCCCCCCAAUUAGCGAAUCCACUAAUUUGGGCUGUUGAAUUGGAAUUGGCUAAUUUCACCGCUAAAUUUCACCAUUUUAAAUGCUGGUGUGACCAAGAAUUUAGCCAGACGUAAUUUUACACUCCCUUAUCUUGACAUUUUGGCUACCAUUGCUCUCAGUUGAGGGUAAAAUGUAAGACAUUUGUAUUUUUGUCAUGCUAAAGUGACUGCUUGUUAGCAUCAUUAGUCUGUGAGCACCUGGUUGACCUGUGUGUAUCUGUUCUUGUCUUCAUCAGCUCACAAACCUUUCAUCAGGUACACCCUAUUAGCAGAUCCACAUUAUGUGCCAACAAUUGAUGACAGCAGCACGGAGUGAGUGAUUAAAUGUUACUGAAUCAAGUUGAAUUCACUUUAAAUUGCACUAAAUCAAGUGGCUUUAUGUGCAACUUUGUCUGCAACGAGAGCCAAACAACACUGAUCUUUUGGCAGUAUUCUCGCUCCGCGGUUUCCAGGAAAUUAAGGGGAUCAAAUUUGACUCAUGUAAGAGGUCAUGGCCAUUCCUCAGCCAAAGCACCCAUGAGUUUUACUGUAGGUAUAUGUGUUCAUAAUACAUUUAGUUAUGCGUUCACGUGUGUGCUUGCACAUUUAUGUGUAUGUUUUCCAUUGAGGACUAAUUUUGAGGGUGAAAUUGUGUCAGAUUUCAAGCCAAAUUUGAGCCAGCGAGUUUGACGCGAAAUGUGCUUGUUUUGUUUUUGUAAAAUCAAAUUUUAUUGCAAAAUGCACAUGCAAAAAUGUUGCACUGAAGUGACUAUCCUGCCAUACUGGAGCUGUUGCCAGUUUUUCUGGUGUGGAAAAAGUUGAGAAAGAGAAUUGAAGUUUGUGGAAAUUGUUUGAGGUUUUACAAUAAGAAGUUUGUCUAAUCUACCAGCCACUGUGGCGGGUAACUAAAAAUUAUUUUCCUGCCAUUCUAACAACUUGAAACUUUUUUGUAGUCCCAUACCCGGUCCCAGUCCAGCGUCUACAUCCCAGUCAUCAGUCAUCAGUCGUGUUACACUUCAUCAACCACUCUGCUAUUAAAAUCUCUAGAAUCUCG